AAGGCAAGAAGCUAUGAUGGUAAGGAGGACAGGGGGAGGAGGAGGAGGAGCAGGGAGAAGGAGAGGGAAGGAGGAGAAAGAAGAGAAGACAAAAGAUUCAUAAAACUAAAGCACUUGUGGACGACAGCAAAAUUUCUCGUAAAGUUUUUACCCCUCACAAGUUGAAGGAAUGGGCAGCCUUCCAGUGGUCCUGCUCCUCUGCAGUUUCCACGCACUCACAGCUGUAGCCCAAGCCCAGCAGGCCGAGGGUGCUGAGGCAACUGCAGCUACCCUUCCAGCCAACUGCAGGGAGGAGAUGUAUCCGUGCACUAGGAUGUACUCGGUUCACCGGCCCAUCAAGAGAUGUAUUGGUGCUAUUUGUAUCUACAGCCUCCCUCGUGUCUAUGUGAUCAACAAUGAGAUCUGUAUGAGGACAGUUUGUCCACAGGAUGAGUAUCUGAAAGCUGAACUGUGCAGGGAGUUGUCCGGGUGGCCCAGGCGUGUUGAGAGGUCAACUCAUAGGAAACGCUGUCGCAAUCGCCGUAGCAACCCCAAAACCUGGGCAAACAAAGCCUAAAUAGUGCCCAGGUUGGCGUGAUGACCACCAGUAAGGAUGGAGCCCUGUAGAGACGCCCAGCAGGAAUGUUGUUAUAAAAGCAGUCCAUAACACCAUAAAUCAACCACUCAACAACUGGGGGUCUCCUUCUUUCUUUUUUACAUUUACACACGUGUGCCUAGUCAUAUCUAUGUUUAUGUAUUAGCCUUUUGUGUGUGAAAUCUGAGGGUUUGCUCAUUUCAUCUGUGCUGUUGGACACAGAUCAUGUCUUCCAUGGUUCACGAUCCUUUGAGGUACUGUAGUAAUAGGCCUAUAGCAGCACUGAGUCAAUUCAUGUACAAAGAAGGACCCACUCAGUCCUGGAUUAUGAGGUACGCAUCAACAAUCCAGUAUUAUGUGCACUAUUGUAACCAAAUAUAAAUGUAUACACAC